AUGUACACACCCAUGAUGAGUUUCAUUGAGCUCGAUCUCUUCAACCGUGGCUUGGCACAGUUCUCUCCUCAGGACUUCGAGAGCGCAGAUAUCGGCUCUGAUGAGCAGUUCCUUAUUAAGUGGAUGGGCGAUCAGGAGAUUGGACACACCCAGCUCCUCACAAACUUCCUUUCACCUCAGAACGCGUCGACGACCUGCAACUACUCGCACCCGUUCACUACCGUGCAAGAGUUCAUUGACUUCUCAACGCGCAUCACUCGUCUUGGCGAGAGCGGUACUUUCGGCGUCCUUGAGCACCUGGACUCGAGGGCGAGCGCAUCUUUACUGCUUGAGGCGAUCUCGACCGAGAUCUUGACAUAUUUUCAGUUCUGGUUCACGCCCGCUAUUCCUCAAAGCAUGCAGCGGACGUACCUAGUACCGUAUAUUACCAGUUGCCCAGAGUCCAACCCCCGAAUCGAGUGGCAGAACCUCCCUGCCCUCAACGUCACCAACGCGCUGAACGGUACUCAACGUGCAAUCUCGAACAACCAGUCGACCUCCAUCUGGGAACCAGCUCAGUUUGUCCAAGUUGGUCCCGAUCUCACGUACAACACGACCACAUCAGCCGGUGCGGCGAAGUGGGCCGCUUGGAUCUCGCAAUUCAAUAUCACGUACACACCGCUUGAUAACGUGACGAACAGCUCGGCUACAACAACUCAGCUCGGUGGCAAUAUUUACGGUAAUGACACCGCAAACGCUGUUAACGGAACUAUCUUUGUGCUCAUCACGGACAACAACCCCUUUGUGACUCCGUUCAAUUUAUCGCUCCUGGACGAGCACGUUGUCGCUGGUCCCGCUCUGUAUACCGCUGGCUAA